AUGUCGCUACUGGAGGAUGACGAGGAACGGUUGGAGCCCCUCAGGUUAGAGGAGCACGAGUCCGUGGAACAUAAGAAGUUUUAUGACUGCAUACUUCAGGGUACGAUAGACGAAAUAAAAGAAUGGAACAAGGACAAUAUGUACAACGUCUAUUUCAGGAAUGGUUACACACCAUUACAUGUGGCGUCCAUGAGUGGUCGCGACGACGAGAUGGAAGAUAUUAUCACGAUAUUACUGAAGGGUGGAGCCGAUGUGAACGCCAAGACCAAGGCUGACCAUAACAGUAUCCUUCACCUCCUUAUAAAGAACAACCACAUCAGUGUUGCCUUUCCUGGGGUCGUUGCAGCACUGGAGUACUAUCCAGAUGUCCACUGGCGAAACAGGCACUUACGUACGGCAUAUGAUAUCGCCGUGGCUAGAGAGUAUUUCGAUAUUGCUUCAUGUGUUGACGGCACCAUGAUGCCUGCGGACGCCCGCGCACUGUAUGGGAAGUCUGUUGGAGUCAUUUACGGCAAACGACUGUUGAAAGCAAUUCUGAACAACGACGAAGAUGAUGCAAUACUCAGUGUGAAGAAAGGUGCGAAUUGUAAUAUAUUGAAUGACCAUGGUUGUGCCGCUAUCCACUAUGUGUUCACCGUGUAUGAACCCCCGCCCAUGCCCCUGAUAACUGCCAUGCACCAGAUGAACGCUGACCUCAACAUCACGGAUAAUGAGGGUGAUACAGCCUUAAAUUUGUGUAUAAAAAGUCGGCCAAUGAGGCUGAGUGGUCAAAUGAACAACAUGGUGGCUGCUCUCGUCAGAUGGGGUGCCCUCUCCACAUACAAAGACCUGGACGGAAAGGAUGCCCUCGCUUUAGCUACAGACCGGAAUUAUAAUGAUAUCGUUAGACUUCUUAAAAAAGACAGGGCGCAACAUAUAUUGGAGAAAGAGGACGGAAACGAGGAUGACUUUGACAAUAACAAUAUUUUAUUGAAAGAAGUUUCAAAAACACCAAUAGAGUGUGCGGCGUCAAAGAAAGACACCUGGGAGACAGAAACAGAAGAAACUUUGAGUGUAGAAGUUCAGACUUCAGAAUCACAGAGUACAAAUAAAGGGUUGAUAUCCGAUCGGAAUGGGUCAGAGAAAGAAAGCAAAAGGCAAGAAACAAAAGAAUCACCAGAAGUUAUGGAAUUACGACCAAAGGUUGACAACAAGGAACCAGAAGUCAUCAACGAUUCCGUGAAAGCUGUAGAGCAAGAACCGGAACCGGAACCAGAACCGGAACCGGAACCAGAACCAGAACCUGAAAAGGAACCACCAAAGGAGGACGAUAUUGAGAUGGAUGAUAUUGAAGAGAAUUACGAGGAUAUUGAGUCAUUGAACGAGAGCGCUCUGGAAGAGCUAGCAGAGGGAGAUGACGAUUUCAUGGCCGUCCUUAAUGACCCGGACGCCGAUGUUAACAAACCAAAUGAGAUAGGAUUGUACCCUAUACACCUGGCUGUAAUGAAUACCGACGCAAAUAAGAGGAAGACUAUUAUCAAACUUCUGAUGGACAAGGGAGCCGAUAUCAAUGUUCAAGCCAUAGAGGAUGAUGAACAUGACCAGGACACGAUUGUCUCUGAGUCGCAUUCAAUAUUCCAUCGGCCUUUCUGGGGAGGAAACACAGCCUUACACAUAGCCGCAUGGAGGAACCACCUUGUAUCGGUCAAACAAAUCCUAUCGUAUAAACCCGAGUACGAUAAGGUCGAUGACGAUGGCAAGACGGCGAGAGAUAUUGCCGAGGAAAACGGCUUUACAAAAAUUGUUGAUUUGAUAGAUAAAUAUGCGAAAAUAGCUGAAAAAUGGAAAGAGCCAGAGAAAAAAUCAAAGAGUUGCAUAAUUUUAUAA